AUGGCUAGGCGACUUAAGCGUUUGGACACUCAUUUUAUUGUGCGGUAUUUGUGUGACGAUGAACUGCAAGUGAGAAAUCGUGUGUCCUUCAAGUGUGAUGGAGACUCUACAAUUAGUGUUGGACUUGAGUAUGAUACAAGAUCUGGAAAGCCGAAGGCUUCGCUCAUCGCAGAUGGCUCGCCGCCAGCCGAAGAUUCAGCUACAUCUAUCCCCAAGACACCUGUCCGACAAAGACCUGCACCUGAAACACAGAAUUCAGAGCCAGCCCAGUUAGAGUCACUCACUCCAAUCCCAACGCCAGCGUCAACAACCCCAGUUUUGCGUUUCCGCCCUUACCGGACUUCGACAAAUGACGACGAUUUGGUGAAGGCGCUAAUGAGAGAAGUCAAGGAAAUGCGACAGACUCUGGAUGUUAUCAACAAAAAACUUGAUGCGUCGAAUAGGAGGGGAACAGCGUCAGAUUUACAAUUAAAGACAGUGCUUGCUAAUACAAACAUUCUUAUCGAUGUGGUCAGGAAAAUCCCAGCUGCAAGUGGAGUGGAGUUCCUGCAAACCAGUGAUCCUAUUGCUGAUACGAUGAGUGACAGUAGUCCUGGAGAUGUGUACCAAGGUGUUCCCGAAGAAUAUCAACUUCCAGAUACCGUCCUCAGAGACAUGAUUAAGGAAUCAAGGAACGCAGGAAAUUUCGCAGUUAAUCUCACAAGGAAGAUCUUCCCCGAACUGUACGGUGAGGGCAACCUGCGAAUGGAGUACAACUGGUACGGUGGUGGAAAACUCUCCAAAAAAGAACUGGAUCCAGCGAGAAAGCAAGUGGUGAGGCGCUAUGUGUGUUACUUCUUCCCAGAAUUCAAACCCGAGGAUUCCUGGAGGGAGAGGAUCGUCUCCAAAAUAAACGAGUCACUGAGGCGAAAUGACAAAAGACUAAAGAAGGAUAGUGUCAAUCUUGUGAUGCCCUCUGUGCCAGAAAGUGACCAUGGUUGCUCCGAUGACGUCUUCACCUUUAAUGACUAA